ACGACGCUGGUGUUUCCUGCUGCGGUUUCCAGAAACUAAACAAAUCUGAACUAGUGCGUUUAUCAGAUGUAGAUUUGGCACAGCAGCAGCUCGAACAGAUCGUAUACGACAGCACUGUAACGACAGUUAUCUGAAGAGUCCGUUUGAAGACGCAUAUUGCACAGUUUAGCAUCAUCUGUUUUUGUAUCGAGUGUGUUAUGAUUUAACGUUACUUUGGCAAGAAACAUGAGCCCUAUCAUCCGCAAACAAAACACGCCAACCGGGGCGAUUUUUAGCCUGCUGUUAGCUCUCAGUAUACAUCAGACUUUGACCGCUGAUGUGCCACCCACUGUGGUCACCCCUGAAACCAGCUCUCCUCCGGCUUCUCCUGCCACCCCAGGACCCCCUGAGCAAGGCACUUACAAUGUCACCAAUGCCACUGAAGUGGUCUGUCUCUUGGCACGGAUGGGACUGCAGCUCAAAAUUAGCUUUAUUUCGAGCUCUAGUGGCAAGACUGUCCAGGAGGUCUUGAACCUGCAUCCAAGCCUGGUUAAAUCCUCUGGAUCCUGCGAUCCAGACAGUGCAACUCUCAUACUCACUGAGGACAACAUUACUCUGACUUUCAGCUUCUCUUUGAAUUCCACAUCAAACAAAUAUCAUCUUAGUGGGUUGGAGUUGUCAGCCGCAUUGCCUAAUAUGACUAAGCGCAUUGUCUUCAGGAACACCACUCUGAACUACAUGGUGGGAACCCUGGGCCACUCUUAUAUGUGUCAGAAGGAGAAGACCUUGAGCAUUACACAGGAUUUCUCUCUCAACACCUUCCAGCUUCAAGUGCAGCCUUUCGGAGUCAAUGGAGAUUUUGGAGCAGCUGAGGAGUGUGAUCUAGAUGAGGAUGACAUGUUGAUUCCCAUUAUUGUGGGUGCUGCCUUGGCUGCUCUUGUGCUCAUAGUGAUCCUGGCCUACCUUAUUGGCAGGAACAGAAGUCAUGCGGGCUACCAGACCAUCUAACCUCAUGUAAUCUUUAAGCCAGGAUGUGUAGGCUCCACCGAUUUCUGCUCUCAUCUGGACUCAGCAACACUAUACAACUGCAGCUGCCUAGUUUUUAACCCGCUGUGCACUCUCCACGUGUCUCACCCUGUCACCGCUCCGGUGGACCUGCACUUCCUGGACUUUCUGUUGUAUUAUGUAAAACAUUGUAUAAUUAUUGCAUACUUAAGGGUGCAGGGCAAAAUGCGAAGGUAUUGUUUCCAGGAACCAGAUUAUGCUUAUCUAGAGGAAUGCCUGGAGUUUGUUGUCAUUAAGGCUUAAUCUGGGAAUAGAAAGCAUAUUAUCUGUUUGGUACCUCAUUUUCUUAAAUUUAACCUCAUGCAUUUAUUUAUAAAAAAUACAAGCAUGAAAACUGAUGAUGUUUUUACAGUUAAAUGCUCGGUCUAAAAGGGACUAGAUAUUUAACACUACUUCCUGAUCCUGAUCUCAAACUUCUGAAGUUCUCAUUUGGGGUUGAACACUAUACAAGACUCAGUUUUUGAGAUUCAUUAUUCAUUAUGAAUUCAAUAAUAAUACUAACAAAGCCUUACCUGACAGUAUUCGUUCAGAUGUCAAUCUGGUACUAAGUUUUAUUAAAGAGUAAUUCCACAUCUAGCAUGGAUAUAUCUCCAGAAGAGACUCUGUUAACGCUGUUACAAAUGGAAUAUCCACUUUCUAAAGUAGAACACCCUUCAGUAUCACUAUACAACUUAUAUAGUUUCCCUCUCGUACUACAUAUCAUAACUAUAUAGCCUGCUUGCUUCCAUUAAGCAUUGUAUUUGCACUCAUUCAGAAAUGUUAAAAGGGAAAUUCUAGAGUGAGGAAAUAUUAUGGUUUUGCACUACUGGAUGGAUAAAGGGUAUAAUUCACACUAACACAACAGGAAGUUCUGAAUAACUUGAGCUAGGUUUAGAUUAUAGACCCAGGUAAAUGGUUAACUGUUACAAAAACAAGGAGUGCACUGUUAAACAUGCUGUCAUGUUGUGGAUGAAUCUUUCUCCUUUCUGAUGCGCCUUCAUAUGGAAUGACUGCAUAAAUUGAGUUUUUUUGUGGAUAUUGAAUUGUUGCCUUGACUGCUAUGAUGUUCAUGUUGUUUUAAGGGAAUGCGAUUCUAAGUUUUUU